GGGAAAUGGUGAGCGGCCGCGAGCGCCGCCUCCCCCCGGGGACCCGGCCUGCGGUGGCUUCCCUGCUGUUACUCCUGCUGCUCCGACGGGACGCGGCGGCCCAGAAAGGUGAUGGAUGUGGAUAUACUGUCUUAGGUCCUGAAAGUGGAACAUUUACAUCGAUUAAUUAUCCACAUGCCUAUCCCAAUAGCACAGUGUGUGAAUGGGAAAUUCGAGUAAAGCCUGAGCAGAGAGUUCAGCUCAAAUUUGGGGAUUUUGAUAUUGAUGAUUCAGAUUCUUGUCAUUUUAAUUAUGUGAGGGUUUAUAAUGGAAUUGGACCCACAAGAACAGAGAUAGGGAAAUACUGUGGUUUGGGCCUUCAGGUGGACAAAUUAAAUGAAUCAAAGAGUAAUGAAAUUACAGUACAAUUCAUGAGUGACAUUCAUUUUUAUGGACAUGGGUUUCUUGCUUCGUAUUCAACAACCGACAAACCAGAUUUAAUAACAUGUUUAGAUACUGCAAGUCACUUUUCUGAGCCAGAAUUCAGCAAAUAUUGUCCAGCUGGGUGUGUGCUUCCUUUUGCUGAAAUAUAUGGGACUAUUCCUCAUGGCUACAGAGAU